AUGACAGAAAAUAAAGAAUCGUCAUCGUCAUCAUCUUCAUGGCUUCCAUGGAGAAGAUCAUCAAAUAAUAAUAAUAAAAAUACAGAUAAUAAAAAUAUAGAUGAAAAUAAUAAAAAAACAGAAGCAACAGCAACAGCAACAGCAGCAACAACAGCAACAACAACAACAACAACAACAACAACAACAACAACAACACCAACAAAUAAAAAUAUAGAAAAUGAACAAAUUAAAUCAAAAAAUAAAGAAGAAGGAAAAAAUCAUCAAAAGAAUCAAGAUAAACAGCAACCAAGAACUAAAGAAGAAGAAGAGAGAAAAACUGUAAAGAGAUUAGAGAAAAAGAAUAGAUUUUUAUUACAAGAGGAAAAGAAUAGAAUGAUGGAGGAGAAAAAAGAGAGAAUGGUAGAUUUACUUGAAAAUCCACCAAUUCUUAAAGCAGAUCUUACGACUGAUGAUAAGAUGAAAUGCGUUUAUAAUCGAUAUGGAUAUACAGUCACUCCAAAGCAAUUGAUAUGGAGAGCAGGUUUCACUGGUGGUAUAGCUGGUGCUUUAAUUGGCAACAGUAUUGCGAAAACCAAUCCAAUUAAACCAAUUAAAACAUUUGCAAUUUGUUUAUUCGCUGGUAUUGGUGGUUACAUUGGCUCUUCUUUCGUUUAUAGUUUACCAAAUUUCAAAGAGAAUUACGAUGACUACAUGUAUCGUCAAUAUGAUAUUGAUGCUGAAAAUUACUUUUUUAAUGAAGUUCCAGAUCUCUUAAUUCGUAGAGAAUUAUUAAAAAAGAAUAUUAAAACCGAUAUUCAUGGUAGAAUUAUAAAAGAAUAA